AGUGAGUGAUAUCGUUUACAACAGAGCUAAGAUAUAAUUUAAUAAUGAUAUUUACAUUUGGAUUAAGAAUAGUGACAUGUUAUAAGUACGUAGUACCGAUUCUCUGUGUUUUGUGAGUGUGGUUAUAUUUUUCAUAUGCACAAUGACUUCGCUAAACCCUCGAGGCGGUCUGACACCCCUCUGGUGCGCGAUUUGUGCGUGUCUGACAGCCCUAUCGACGGCCACGAUCAUCGGCAAUGUAGCCGUGUUGGUAGCAUUACAACGCGCGCGCACUGCCCCGGCUCACUACCCGCUCGCGAGUUUGGCGACCGCUGACCUGUUUGUGGGGUUGUUUGUACUGCCAGUUGCUGCUGUGAGGGAGCUGUUUGUGUUUAAAAUACCACCCCUAAUCUGCGGCUUCUGGAAGACCUUAGACGUGAUGUGCUGUACUGCCUCGAUCCUGUCUCUCUGCUGCCUCGGCUGGGAGCGCUGGUCCGGCAUCACAGCACCCCUAGCUCGAGCCAAACGAGCGAAGCAAGCAAGACUGUUCGCCUGUCUCGUAUGGCCAGUGUCUUUGGUCGUGGCACUGCCAGCGGUCUUCAUAGGGUCGCCGACCGAGUUUGAGAAAGAUGAAAGUGAGAAGGGAUGUCCGGAUAAUAAGAAUAUUGUAUACGUGUUCUACAGUGCUUCCCUAUCGUUUUAUUUACCCGCUAUUGUAAUGGUAGUGUUGUACGCGCGAAUAUUAUGCGCCUUAUCGGAACCUCGUCAAAUCCGCGCGCAUAGAGGCGGGAAGCCUUGCCCAGAUACCGGACAAGCGGGCAAACCUUCGAAAACUGCUUUGACAAAAUGUGCUACUACAGAACCAAUUCGCUUGGAAAUGGAACAAACGAAUUCUGGACCAGUAUCACCAAAAGCGUGCCGUCUCGAUCUUCCCGGAGGCUCUGGAGAGGAUCCACGAUCACCAUUGAAGCAGUCUCCGGCGCAUUGCUGCAGCCUCUCCCAGCAGCAGAUGGCGAUGGUUCGUGCUGCCACGAGGACCAUCAUCAGACUGAUGGGGCUGUUCCUGUUUUGCUGGACGCCUUUCUUUUUGGCGUUGCCUAUUGACUCAAUCUGCGACUGCGUAUGGGACUCAAUCUGGCAGUGGUGCACUUGGCUAGGGUACAUCAACUCGGCAUUGAACCCGCUGGUGUACGCAGCCGCUUCACCCAGUGUCCGUCAAGCGCUGCAGCUGUCAUUGUCAAGCGGGGGAAGAACUGACGUGCAGCUGGCUCCUGCUGUUAGAAACCGGUGAGAGUCGAAGCUUUGAACAAGCGAAAGUGGAAGCUGAGCUCAAAAUGGCGGAGGUGCAAUGGCAGGAAAAUGGCCCCAUCGAAGCCUUAAAAGCGUUUUGGUGAACAGGUCUUGAUGAUGAUGACGAUGAUGAUGAUGAUGAUGAUGAUAUUUGAUAUACAGAGUGGUCCAAACGUAUACCACCAUGUAUGUUCUGUUUUGUAAGUUAUAUUUCUUUUAAAAAUUUAAAUACAUAUAUACCUGACUGAAUUACC